UUUUCUCUCCACGCGCCAAAACCCCAGCCACCAUCUCCCCUGCUCCUCCCGUUGCCACCAAAAUCCCCAGGAAAAAACACUCACUUUGGAGCGACAAUCCCCAAGAAUCACACAUCAGUAGCACUACUGCCUCUGACGCGCGUCGGGGAAGAGCGGGAAGGAGGGAGAGAUGUCUGUGCAGUGCGCGGUCCGGGCGCUCGCCGCGCUCCCAGCGCCGGCCUCCCCGCACCGCCGGGCAACUCGCGUCUCCCUUUCCCUUCCGCUCCGCCGGCCGGGGCGCACCGUCGCGCCCGUCCGCGCCGCGGACUCAUCCCCUCCCGCCGCGCAGCCAGCCGCCGCCGCCGGCAAGGCCGUCGUCCAGGACGACGAGUUCUCCCUCGCAAAGGUGUCCUUUGGUGUGAUUGGGCUCGGUCUUGGGAUCUCGCUCCUGUCCUAUGGAUUUGGGUCGUAUUUCAACCUUCUCCCUGGCUCCGAGUGGUCCGCUCUGCUGCUGACCUACGGGUUUCCCCUCACAAUCAUCGGCAUGGCCCUAAAGUAUGCUGAACUGAAACCAGUGCCCUGCAUAACCUACGCUGAUGCUUUUGCUCUAAGAGAAAAGUGUGCCACCCCUAUUCUCAAGCAAGUUAGGAGUGAUGUUACGCGUUUUAGAUAUGGUGAUGAGCAGCACCUGGAGGAAGCACUACAGCGAAUCUUUCAAUAUGGUUUGGGUGGUGGCAUUCCAAGACGUAGUGCACCUAUAUUACAAAAGAUUCGAGAAGAAGUAACUGAGGAUGGGAAAUACUGUUUAGUACUCGAAUUUGAAGCCAAAGCAUUGGAGCUAUCUGAUUUUGAGAAGAGACAGGCAAAAUUCACUUCCUUUUUUGGUCCUGGGAUUAAGGCAGAAAUUGGAAAAGGUGGCGGCGAUGAUCUAUAUGAAGUCCGCCUUAUCUCGGAGACUACAUAGGAAACAGACAUUGAAGACAUGUCCAGUUCCCUUUUUCACUAAUACAAGAAAAAAAUUGUCUUAUUUUCGUUGCUCCACUAAUUUUGCAUAUAUGAUGUUAAUAGUGCUUAAGUUUUUACCCUUUUCUUUGUUUUGGCUUCUGAGCUUUGACGUCUACUGGUUGUUGACUGAGACCGGGCAUUUUCAUACGCUGCAUGGACAUGUGCACCGAAAAAGAUGUUGUAGUAUAGAUGUAAAUGGACUUGACUGGUAACUUUGUCCAUAUAGUAGAAAUGGAUUAGCUGUCUUUUAUCUUUGGAACUGUCGAAUAAGUUGAAUAUUCCUGGAGUUGGCGUAUUAGUCUAUGUAAUCUUUGCAGUCCAUCUAUAUGGCUAUAUAUGUAACUUGUAUUUUUUUUUCA